AUGUCGUUUGGGUUGACGAAUGCUCCUGCCACUUUUUGCACAUUGAUGAACCAAGUAUUCCACAUGUAUUUAGACAAGUUUGUGGUGGUGUAUUUGGAUGAUAUCGUGGUUUACAGCGCCAUGAUGGAAGAGCAUCAAGAAUACUUGGCUCAGGAGAGCAUCAAGUUCCUAGGCCAUGUUAUGGAAUGUGGCCGAAUUCGUAUGGACCUUGAAAAGGUGUGGAGACAUUACUUGCAGGGGUUGAAGUUUGUGGUGAAGACAGACAAUGCAGUGUUGUUAAUGGACAACAGCCACUAUUGCUCCCAAACAGUGGAUGAAUACCGCGGUUGGAACCUGCGAGCCUUUCACUUCACAAAAGACUGGAAGAAAACUACAGAGAUUGCUCAGGCUUAUUUAGAAAAUGCAUCGAAAAGAAUGAAGAAGUGGGCAGAUCAGAAGUGCAAACCAUUGGAGUUUAAAGCAGGUGACUUAGUGUUAAUCAAGUUGAGGCCUGAACAUUUGAGAUUCUGA